ACGAUUUACAUUUUCCACAUGUCCAUCAAUCUCGUUUUACAUGUGGAUAUUUUUUCUGCUGUUGAACUUGGAAGCGUUGAUAAAUCUUGUCAAUUUCAUAUAUCUGCUCCAGUUUUGAAUUGAUAGUCAGACCAGGAGAUCUUUAAAAACUUUUAGAAAAGAUGUCUUCAGACAUUCCGGAGAUUUUCAAAGCUCUGCUAGAGGACCCCUUCACUGUUCCUACAUUUGAUUACAACGACAAUGACAAGGAUAAGCUUUUUACGGGGGACAAUGUGGACCUUGGAGGAGGGAGCGGGAUGGGUCCGUCGGCCGCCCUGACCCCCGCCAUCUGGGAUAAGACCAUCCCGUACAACGGGGAGACCUUCCACCUGGAGUACAUGGACCUGGAGGAGUUCCUCAUCGAGAACGGCAUCCCCACCUUGUCCCUGGACAAUGCUCUCAACAUGGAAAUUGCAGAGAAGAAGACCGAGAAGUCAACCAGCACCACGACAGCCCUCGCUGCCCCAAUCUCCCUGCUGCCGGUCCUGGAACUAGACCAGUGUGAGGAGGAGGUGGUCACCGUCACCCUCAACAGUACUGAUAUCACAGCCAACACCGAGGUGGUGACAGACAAGGACAGACUGACCCCUGAAACCAUCGACCCGGAGGAGAUUGAGGUGAAUGUGAACUUUGAUCCGGACCCUACGGACCUGGUCCUGUCCAGCGUUCCUGGAGGAGAGCUGUUCAACCCACGCAAACACAAGUUCUCAGAGGAGGAACUCAAACCACAGCCCAUGAUCAAGAAGGCCAAGAAGGUGUAUGUACCUGAGGAUUCUAAGGAUGAGAAGUACUGGCAGAGGAGGAAGAAGAACAACGUGGCGGCAAAGCGUUCCCGGGACGCGCGCCGACUCAAGGAGAACCAGAUCACGGUGCGGGCAGCGUUCCUGGAGCGUGAGAACACGGCGCUACGACAGGAAGUGGGCGAGCUACGGAAUGACUUUGCCCGCAGCAAGAAUGUUGUGGCCCGCUACGUGGCCAAAUUCGGAGAGCUUGCAUUGCUGGAAGACCAGUAGACUAUUAUUGAUUUUAUUUGUGGUGUGGGUGAAGUAAUUGAAUCAAAUACAAUGGAUCGAUGGACCAGAAGAUGGAGUGUGGAAGAGAGUGAAUGAUGUUGCUGUGUAGAUAAUGUGGAAUUGUAUUAGUGACCGCUGCUUAUUGUUUUUAUUUAACUUUUUAUUUUUAAAAAUGUAGGGGGUAGAUCAGCUUUAAUAUUGCAAAUAGAUUGUAGCUUCCAUCAAUGUAAUUGUAUGCAUAAUUUCUUAUCCCCCCCCCCCAUAUAUUUGUUUUGUAAAUAUAUAUUUUAUUUUUAUUUUCCCCUAACCCUACCACCCCUCCCCUAAUUUGAGUAAACUAAUGGACAACAACACUUUGGCCUUUUACAGACAGUGUAUUUUACAAUAGUUGUUUUUAGUCCCAUCCUUCAGCUCCCCUUAACCCAUCUCUGAAGACCACCCAGUUUUAAUUUAGUUUUACCAUAUUUUUAACUGUGCUGUUUCACAAACGUUCUGAACCUAUAUACAUUUUACGGACACAGUAUAUUUUACAUUAGUUUGUUUUCUUGUUUUUAGUCACACCCUUCAGCUCCACUCAACCCCAUCCAUCUAUCUGAACACCAUCCAGUUUCGAUUUCUAUUUGCCAUAUAUUUUUCACCUGUGCUGUGAUGUUUCUGAACCUUUCUAUUCUCAUAGUUUCUACAGAUUGUAAAUUAAAGAUUUUUUUUUUGCUAAAAUUAUUAUAUUAUUGAUGGAUUGAUUGACUUUUCAAAUCACCCAGCAGUGCUAUUUGCAGAGUUAGAUCCAGGUAAAUGUUGCUAUUCUUCAGCCAUUUAUUUAACUUGGUUUUAACUUGUGGGAGUGCUUCUUUCAAUACACUACAAUGAGAAUGUGUAUUCUGAUCAUGUUUUGUACAACAUUUGCUGGUAAAGAGAUUGGGAUUGAGGGGGAUAAGGGUGGAUGACAUUUUAGUAAACUGAAAAGGGAUUUUAUUUUGGGGGGAUUUUAGUCUAAACCUGCAUGGAUUGUCCAUAAGCAGUUCUGGUUUUCAUAACUUUGCUUCCACGUCUCCCGUUAAUUAAAAUAUAAUACAAUAACUAAAAUGAAUCUGGAGACUGAUACGGCUUGGUAGUGGUUUUAAGACCAUGUUAGUAAGACCUUCAAUGCAAGUCUUUUCCUGUACAUGUUAACACUUGCUCAAACUGUACACAAUGCUUGGUAAUAUUUCAGUCCCUGUCUUGUAUAUUGUCCCAUGGUCUUUGAUCAUUGUUAUUUCCAGGAAACUUCUUUCUUCAGCUUCUGUGUUUUGUGUUAUAAAGAAAUGCUUAAAGUUAGCUUUAUUUUUCUGGACACUUUUUCCUUAUAUUCAAAUAACUCCAUACAAAAACAACCUGUUGACUUAUCUAUGACAUUACUGUGCAAUUUACACAUUUUCUGCAAUUGUGUUCUCAACCAAAUGUAAAACUCCAACCUUUCUCCUGUUUACUACUAUGGAAAGUGGUUUAUCCAACUUCUCUGGGACCUUGAUUAUAUAUGGACAGUUGCCACACAAUGUAAAAAGGUGACCGAUUCUGUGCUGUCUACAACGAGUACAAUACAUUGUAGUUACCUCAUGAAACUGGAAGACAGUCUACAUCAGAACUAUGGGGAAGUUUGUAUGUUGCAGUUUUUUAAUUCCUUUUGAUAAAUGUUGCUGUUUUCAAAUUCCUUUUGUCAAAAUCAGGAUUUUUUUUAAACUCAAUGUGGCUUGAUCUGGGCCUGUUUCAACAAGGACCUUCAAGUGUCUUCAGCUGACUCAGUGCAGUGCCCAGUCAGGGCAAUACCAUAUCAUACACUGAAAUUCAAGCCUCCUUUCAGUCCUUAGUGUUUCCCCCUUUGGUCCAUCAUGUUUCCUUGUUAUCAAGCCUGAUUGUCACUUUCCUAAUUCCUGCUGAUGUAACUGGAGGAAAACAAGUGAUUGCAGUGCUUUCAGCUCAAUUUGGAAUUUAUCUGAAGAAUUACCUUGAAGGUAGUCUGGAUGUGUUUUACGUUUAAAAAACAAUUGACGUUUUAAAAUUGGUUUUGUGCGUUGUGGUGAGAACCUUGUUCAAAUUGACAGCUUCAUUUAUUGGUUGUUUGCAAAAUCUGGAGACAAUACCUUUGUGUGGCAGUGAUUGUAAUUAUUUCUGUCCUUUGACUAUAACUCAAUAGAUCAAACAUGUUGGGAAGUAGAUGAUUGAGAACAGACAAAUCAAGAAUUUGAUUGAUAAACUAUGUACAUCUUGAUUAAACCAACCAGUGAACGAUGUCAGGAAGGGAAACCGACUGGAUUGGGUGCCCCCUAAACACUAGCACAAUUACUUUCUUACACGACAACCAAGAAAAUGUUAACAUCUGUUAUUCAACUAGUGCAGGGGAAAUUCUUAACUGUUUGAGAAUUGUCUAGACUUAGUUUCUACAUAUUGUUGCAUGUGGCUACUGUAUGUCCUGUAUAUAUAAAUAAAGUUGUUGAAAACA